AUGCCCCCCGGGCCUGUUUUGGGGUGCGAGGAAGGGGACCUGGGCUGGCGUGGUGUCCUCGCCGGGAGCCGCAUCAGCACUGUCAUCAAUGUCUUGCUGGAGGUGGACAAUGCGCUCCACCCCAGCAUCGAGUAGCUGCACAUCCCUGUGCCUGAUGUCCUUAUCGCCUGCAUCUCCGCCUGCUUCGACACCGUCACCGACAGGAUCCGCAGCGUGGGCAGGUGCGGGGUCCGAACGCUGCUGCACUGCGUGGCUGGGGUGAGCUGCUCGGUCACCAUCUGCAUGGCCUACCUCAUGAAGCACCACGCCAUGGCGCUGGUCAGAGCCCACGCCUGGGUCAGGUCCUGCUGGCCCAUCAUUUGGCCCAGCAACGGCUUCUGGCAGCAGCUCAUCCAGUACGAGCUCUUCGGUGUCAACACCGUCCGCAUGGUCCGCUCGCCCCUGGGGCUGAUACCCAACGUUUACAAAACCAAAGUGAAGAUGCUGCUGCUGUGCCGAGCGCAGCCUGGCUGCUGGGACGGCUUGCCUGGGAACCGAGGGGAAGCUCUGCACCAGAGCUCUGAAAUAAACUCCUGUUAUCCAAGAGGGUUGUGGCGUGGAGUCUGUGCUGCUAAAGGCACCUACUUCAUGAUAUAA